CUGAAUGAGGUCGGAAUUCAAACAUUGCCAUGGCCCGCACGCAGUCCCGACUUCAACCCAAUAGAACACGUAUGGGACAACCUCAAAAGAUGCAUUAGAGCCAGGAUACCAGUUCCUAUCACCACCACACGAGAGUUGAAAGCAGCUGCAGUAGAGGAAUGGCACAACAUUCCUCAAUCUGAUAUCCAGGAUAUUAUAGAUGGGCUACCAAACCGGCUGCAAGAAGUCAUUAGUGACAGGGAAGGCAACACCCAUUAUUAA